CUUGCUGGCGAGUCCGUGUGCUGUAAGGUUGCUGCCGGCGGCCGGUCGGUGUGCGGUAGAGACACGGCAGUACCGGCGGUCACAGCGUCGGAGCUGUGGAGAAAUGCGCUAGCUGGCAUAUCUGAGCCGGAGAAAGCUGCUGUUUCAUCAGAACCGAGCCGCGCUGAAAAGAGGGCGAAAGCCAGGGAGCCAGGUCGGGCUGGCUGUCUCCUCUUCUGAAGCGACCUGCUCACGUGGAAGUGGCAUGACGACCACUAACAAGGGAAGCAAGGCCUUGAAGGUGAAAAGGGAGCCGGGGGAGAACGGGACGAGCCUGACGGACGAUGAGCUGGUGAGCAUGUCGGUGCGGGAGCUGAACCAGCACCUGCGGGGCCUCUCCAAGGAGGAGAUCCUGCAGCUGAAGCAGCGGCGGCGCACGCUGAAGAACCGCGGCUACGCCGCCAGCUGCCGCGUCAAGCGCGUCACACAGAAGGAGGAGCUGGAGAAGCAGAAGGCCGAGCUGCAGCAGGAGGUGGAGAAGCUGGCCUCCGAGAACGCCAGCAUGAAGGUGGAGCUGGACGCCCUGCGCUCCAAGUACGAGGCACUGCAGAGCUUCGCCAGGACAGUGGCGCGCGGCCCCGUGGCCCCCGCCCGGGGCCCCAUCGCCUCCGUCAUCGGGCCCCUCAUCCCCGGCAAGGUGGCCGCCACCAGCGUCAUUACCAUUGUCAAGUCAAAGACGGACGCUCGGACUUAGUAUCCCGCCGCGAGAUCAAGGGAGGGAGGGAGGGGCGUCUCUGGGAGGCGGGGCACGGUCAGUACAGCAUUAUUGAGCACAGAGCAGAUAUUUUACCCACACCCCCACACAGCUCCACUCUCCCUGCAGCAGACGGUCCAGGGGAGUGGCCUGCCAUCACAGGGCCGUGGCAUAACGGUGGCCCCUCCCCUGACACACCCCUGUUACGGUUGUGACUGAAGUGCCCUCCUUUGUGCCGAGCUAGAAAG